UACUGUAAAUAACAGAUAAGAUACCGGAUAAUAAACUGAGACGUGGCAAAUGAGGGGUCGUUCUUCUUCGGCUGCCGCCGCCAGCGCCAGUCGUGAAAGGAGGAGAAAAACAAACUCAACCUCGCCGUUGAAGGAUCGAACCAGAACUACUUCAUCAAAAUUAUCAUCUUCAUCCGAACUAACCUCUUCUCCCUCUGCUACCACUCUACUCGAUCGUGAACCAAACACUGCUCUCUUUGGCGAAUACUCUAACCCUAACCCUCGAUCCUUCCCGCACAAUGUUAAACAGAAAUGUUGGGAAAAAGCUGAUAAGGUUAAAGGACGGGACCCCGAUCGAUGGCGGAGGGAUCCUCUCGGGAAUCUUAUCUUCCGGAAGCUUGUAGGUUGCCCGGGUUGUCUCUGUCAUGACUAUGAUCACAUUCUACCUUACUCUAAGGGGGGCCAAAGCACGCUGGAAAACUGUCAAGUAUUACAGGCAACAGUUAAUCGAUCAAAGGGUAAUAGAACAGAUAUCUCCAGAUCUGAUCUUAUUCAGAAGAGUUCUUAUUGCAGGGUUUCAGAUCGUGAUAUGGAUAUGCUGGAAUUAUCUGCUUUUGGCAAUGUUCGGCGUGGACAAGAUACCGGAGGAUGUAGAAUUCAAUGAUGACAACAAACAUUUUAUACGUAUUAAUUUAUAUUGCGUGGUUCAUUCCUAUCCGGGGUUGGAAUGAUGACAUUUUUCGGAGCUCCAUCUCUGCGACUGCAAAGAAGGUGGUGGCAAUGGCAUUGUCAUAUCCGAAGUUGAUGUAUUCAAAGUGUAGGCAUGUAACUAUAUUUAUGUACUCUCUUUAAAACUGUAAGAUCUCUCUCCAGUGUAACUAUUUGAUAAUUUUGAAUCUGUUAAGAACAAAGCAGAAUGUACUAACUAAGCAUAGAUGUAGAGAAGAGUGAAGGUGAUGAUCUAAAUCUGAGUCUGGGUAGUUCUCUUUCUCCA